UCAAUUAAUUUUAUGUGGCCUGCCCUAGAGUAAGUACUGGGGAAAAUGCGUACAUUUAAUCUCCUAAUUUUCACCGGCUUUCUAAUAUCUCUUGCUAACAUUUAGCUAUGUAUGCACUAUGCAGACAAUUCUAGCUACAGUCUGUUCUAGCUAACGUUAGCUGGCACACUCCUUGUCUUGUUUAUAUGUGUAACGUUAGACUUUGUACAUCUGUCAGCUGACAUAUAACAUCUAUCGGAAGUGGUAGGUCCACAAUUUGUUGUAGUGCGUCCAUAGUUGCCAAUUAUCUUAGGCUACCGUUUCAUAUCAUUUUCAUUUGCUCGUCAGCAUUUGGAGACAGUUUUGCCCCACCACCUCCCAGAUUUCCCAACUCGACACAGGACAUGGGUUUGUCUAGUUGUCUGUCUUCCCUUGUCUCUCUCUGCCCUGCUCACCAUGGCCUUGAUAACAUUUUUACACCUUAGCUACCUGUCUGACCAAAAGGUCUCACUGAUAAAGUUAACUAGCAAACAACAACCAGAUGAGACACCAAUACACCUAUCAGUAAGACAUGGUUUAGAGCAGGAUCCAGCAACAAGACAGGCCAGUGAGAGGGAGGAGAUAGUGAACCUCCAGAGGGUUAGCUCCCAUCUUGCCCCCAGCCACAGAUUGCUGUGGGAAGUCCCCCACCCAGCCAGCUCCAGUGGUCCCAGAGAGGCUGAGUGUAGGAGGGUAGCCCAUGAGAGCCGCUUUGACUGUGCCCGGGACCGAGUUCUGAGCCAGACAGAGUGUCAGGGGAGAGGGUGCUGCUAUGCCCCCCUACCACAAGGCCACUCUGGAGGACCCCCGUGGUGCUUCUACCCCCCGUCAUACAGCGGGUACAGGAUGGGGCCCCUCACCCCCACUUCCAGGGGCCAGGCCGCCACCCUCACGAGGCCCACUCCCUCCUACCUGCCCCGGGAUAUCUCUACACUCCAGUUGGAGGUCCUGGAUGAGACAGAAGGCCGACUGCACCUCAUGUUGAAGGAUCUAUCGUCCCAGCGAUAUGAAGUUCCCCUAUCCACUUCCCCGGUAACGCUCAAACCCAGGACCACCUCUAUGUCACUGAGUUUCAACCUGACCCUUUUGGGUUCAUAGUGUGCCGGAAAUCCAACAGCCGUGUCCUUGUGAACACCACGGUGGCCCCGCUGCUGUAUGCUGACCAGUACCUGCAGCUGUCUACCUCCCUGGCCUCCUCACUGAUGUCUGGGCUGGGGGAACACUACACCCCCCUCAGCCUGGACCUCAAUUGGACCUCCCUCACCCUCUGGAACAGGGACAUGGCGCCCCAUGGCGAUGCCAACCUGUAUGGCUCCCAUCCGUUCUACAUGGUGCAGGAGGGGGAUGGAAAGGCUCAUGGGGUCUUCCUGCUCAACAGCAAUGCCAUGGAGGUGGUCCUGCAGCCUAGCCCUGCUCUGACCUGGGUGGCUGUGGGAGGAAUCCUGGACCUGUACAUCUUCCUGGGCCCUGACCCUCAGUGUUGUCAGACAGUACCUCCAGGUUAUAGACCAGCUUUUCUGCCUGACCCUAACGAUGGCAGCCUGUACUCUCUAGGAGGGAAGAACAACGAGGGACUGACGAAACUGCCUUUCACCAUACCUGAGCUGGUCCAGGCGUCGCCCUGCCGCAGCUCUGACGGGAUCCUCUACAUGGGUAAGAAGCAGGACCUGUGGUACGUGGUGGACCUGUUGACAGGGGAGAAGCAGCAGACCCUCACGUCCUCCUUUGCUGAGAUGCUGUGUCCCUCCUCCUCCCUGCUCUACCUGGGACGCACCGAGUACACCAUCACCAUGUACGACACCAAGAGUAGAGAGCUCCGCUGGAAUGCCACCUACUUCGACUACGCCUCCACGCUGCCUGACGAUGACACCAAAUACAAGAUGGCCCACUUUGUCUCCAACGGUGACGGGCUGGUGGUGACAGUGGACAGUGAGUCGGGUGACGUCCAGUGGAUCCAGAAUUACAACUCCCCCGUGGUGGCCAUGUACAUCUGGCAGCGCGAGGGCCUGCGCAAGGUGCCGCUCACCAACGUCGCUGUGGAAACGUUGCGCUACCUCACCUUCAUGUCAGGCGAGGUGGGCCGCAUCACGCAGUGGAAGUAUCCCUUCCCCAAGGAGAAGAAGCCCAAGAACAAGCUCAUGGCCACACUCUACGUAGGAAAGCACUCCACCAGCCUGUACGCAUCGCCCUCCCUGGUGCAUGAUGGGGUCACGGUCGUGCCCCGCGGCAGCACCUUCCCCAUGCUGGAGGGCCCUAACAGCCAGGAGGUGACCGUGGAGGAGGAGUGUGUGAUCACUCACAGGACCAGCGUCAAAUUAAACGCUGCCCUGAGGGAACGCAACCGCAUCAACUUCAUGAGGAACCACCUGCUCCUCAUAGGUCAUCAUGAGAUGCCUCCUGAUGCCCAUAACAAGAUCCUGGAGAAGUUCCCUGACAGUAUCCCACGCCAGCAGGGCAAUGUCAUCCCCCCCACCACAGAGAAGACCAUAGAGGAGAAGGUGAAUGAGAGUGACAUGGGAGACGGCCCCACUGUGGGCCCCAGCCCCCCGGUGGUCACCUCCAUCCAGGAGCAGCCGGGGCUGACCACACCGGUGAGAGUAGAGGCUCCUGUGGACUCCAUGCUUAAAGACAUGGCAACCAUCAUCUUCAGCACCUUCCUCCUGGCCGGCUGGGUAGCCUUCAUCAUCAUCUACCCCAAGAGUGUUCACAAGCAGCAGCAGCUGCAGCAUGAACAGUUCCAGAGGCAGUUGGAUGAGAGGCUGGAUCUCCUGAGGAGACAGCCGUUCCCUCCCCCAGGGACCGACCUUCCCCUGCUGGCCCCGGACGCUGACUCAGACCACAGCAGCCCCAACGGCACCCCCAACAUCACCCCCCGCGCAUCCAACCACUCCAACCUGUCUGUGUCCGAGCUGGGCAGCUCCGCCAAUGAGCAUGAGGACGGAGAUGAGGACUCUGACAUGGUCAGAGUUGGAAAGAUAACGUUCCGGGCCAAAAAUGUUUUGGGCCACGGUGCAGAGGGAACCAUCGUGUAUAAGGGUCAGUUUGACAACCGUGCCGUGGCGGUCAAGAGGAUCCUCCCAGAAUGCUUCAGCUUUGCUGACCGUGAGGUGGACCUGCUACGCGAGUCAGACGAGCACCCCAACGUCAUCCGCUACUUCUGCACCGAGAGGGACCGGCAGUUCCAGUACAUCGCCAUAGAGCUGUGUGCCGCCUCACUGCAAGAGUAUGUGGAGAGACAGAAUUUUGACCGCCAUGGACUGGAGCCUGUGAUGUUGCUGCAGCAGACCAUGUCAGGACUGGCACACCUGCACUCCCUUAAUAUAGUGCACAGAGACCUGAAGCCCCACAACAUCCUGGUGUCCAUGCCCAACGCCCACAGCCGGGUGCGGGCCAUGAUAUCCGACUUUGGCCUGUGUAAGAAGCUGGCGGUGGGCCGACACAGCUUCAGCAGGAGGUCCGGGGUGCCCGGCACCGAGGGGUGGAUCGCCCCAGAGGUCCUCAGUGAGGACUGCAAGGACAACCCUACGUGCACGGUGGACAUCUUCUCUGCAGGCUGUGUGUUCUACUAUGUGGUGUCCCGGGGAUGUCAUCCCUUUGGCAAGUCUCUGCAGAGGCAAGCCAACAUCCUGCUGGGAGCCUACAGCCUGGACCAGCUACAGCCCGACAAACAUGAGGACAUCGUGGCCACAGACCUGAUAGAACAGAUGCUGAGUAUGGAGCCCCAGAGGAGGCCUUCUGCUGAGAGCGUGCUCAAACACCCCUUCUUCUGGAGCCUGGAGAAACAGCUACAGUUCUUCCAGGACGUGAGUGACAGGAUAGAGAAGGAGCCGCUGGACGGACCAAUCGUAAGGCAGCUGGAGCGAGGGGGGCGGGCCGUGGUGAAGCUGGACUGGAGGGAACACAUCACAGUGCCUCUACAGACCAAUCUACGCAAAUUCCGGUCGUAUAAAGGAGGGUCUGUCAGAGAUCUUCUCCGUGCCAUGAGAAACAAGAAGCACCAUUACAGGGAGUUACCAGCAGAGGUCCAGGAGACUCUGGGCUCCAUCCCUGAUGACUUUGUGUCCUACUUCACCUCCCGCUUCCCCCACCUGCUGCGCCACACCUACCUGGCCAUGCACACCUGUGCCCACGACAGGUCCUUCCUUCCCUACUACCCCAGCUCAGAGCAGCUCGCCUGGAUACGGACUCCCUACACACACCCCGUGCCCAAGGCCACACCCCCGCUGCAGACACACACGUUGCAGCCGGAGGAACCCACACAGUCAAACACAAUCCCAUCCACAGAACCCAUACAGUCAGUGACCGUAUCAGACUCUACACCCAUACAGUCAGUGUCAAUCACAACAACAACAACAACACCCCCACAGUCAGUGUCAAUCAUAAAAAUACCCCCACAGUCAGUGUCAAUCACAACAACACCCACACAGUCAGUGUCAAUCACAUUACCAGUAGAGCCAGUAUCACCCACAUCAUUAUCAGUCCAACCAGUACUGCCUAUAUCACCCCCACCCUCGUCCACACUGCCAGACCUGCCUCCACAGACAGUAUUGCCCACCCAGACCUCAGAACCCCCCACACCGUCAGAAACCCCCCUUACAGAUCCUGUCCCACCUGGACCACACAUACUGCCAGUGCCACAUCCAGCCACACAGGACACGGAGCCUGCCUGAGAGCCAACGAGGGGUGAUGGAUGGGUGCGGCAAAGAGGAGCGUUGCCUUAUGAGUGGACAUAUACUGGGGCUCUGUUGCUCUUUCCUGUGCUGGUGAGGACCAGGCCUGCAGUGCCUGGGAGAUGCCGACAGGGGGAGAAGCAGCCCAAACCAAGUGCCUUUCCUGCUCGACUGAGACAAAAUGGCUCCGAAUGGAACUGUCCCAAGUCCCAAGGUCCCUCCAAGCAUCAAGAAGCCAGCGUGGAAAUGAACUAGUGAGGGGCCGUACUGUGUAGUACAGAGAGAAUCCGUUUUAUUUGCAAUGGAGUCCCUCCUAAUGUCAAGUAUUGUGAGGUAUUUAAAUAUAGUUGGGCACAAAAUACUUGGCAAAGGAAGGGAGGAAUUAUUCUGUUGAUGUUGUUGGAAGACAAGUCGACAAUGGUAGUUUUACUGUGGAAUCUUAUUUCUCUUAAUGAGCCUUUUCACUGUAAAGAGGUGUAUAUUUUUGUAUAGGAGAUGACUUGAUAAUGACUUGAUCAUUGAUAAUCAUGUGAUGUGGCCAUUGUGCCUUUUUAAAUAACACUGUGCUAUGUAUGUGAGCUUUGAAGGUAGACGCCCCCGAAAUAGUUUUGCUUGCUGCUGCUAGUGACGGCUUUUCUCUCUUGAAUCAAGACCAUUUCAGUGCCUGUCUUCCUGUGCAGGCGAGGGCAGAUAGUCCAAAAGGUGUUUGAACUGAACACUGGUAAAAGCAUAAUGUGUGUAUCUUUUCUACUUUUAUCUCUGUUAGCGUUGUGCUGUACAUCGGAAACAAGGCAAUAUGUGAUCUGAUUGUGUUUUUAUUGCAGGGCGUCACCCAAAGUCUUGUUUGCUUGAUCUCUGACACACUAGGCCUUUACUAAAACUAGUUCGGCUACAAGUCAUGAUAGGAUGAUUACAGAAAGUAUUCACUUAACAUUCUGUUUUUGCUGUCAGAGGAAUCAUGUGUUUUCAGUCAUCCCAUCUUUGAUGAAUGAUGAUCCAAUGCAACAUGUUUUAUUCAAUCAUAUUGUCUUUAUAAUGAAUGGCAGUUAAAUAAGUCUUCAUUUAUUACAUGAAUUAACUGUUAUAGUUUGUGUUCAUAUUUUAUUUUGUAAGUGGAAUACAUUUAAUUCAGGUUGAUUUUGUACUGUUCAUGGUACAUCAAAAAUACCAAUAAUUUACUGUAUUUGCUCUAAUGCAAGCUGUAUAAAGUGAAGAGUGUUUUGUGCAAAAGUCAACAGUAAAUAUUUUGCAGUCCCGUCUGAAGAUGCCUUUUACUGUUAAGAUUUAAUUUCUAACAUACCAUCCUGAAUGCAAGAAUAGUUUGUUUUAUGAUAUUACAUUUUCAGUUUUGCAAUUGACUCCUUCUGCCAAUGUCUGCCGUUGUUGGAGUGAAAAUGCCAAAUAAAUCAGCAUUAAUAUCUGUUA